UCAUGAUCCUCAGAGGUUGUGCAAAGUCCCUGUGUGAUGCGGGGUUGGUGCUACUAUCACCAAGCCUGAGUGGCUGCGCUUUGAGGUAUUUGGUCAUUGGCAGGAAACGAAGUCUGCAUCAGAGCUGUGAUGAUUAUGGGGGUUUUCCUCUUUCCUCCCAGCCAAUAAGAGCACCCAGACGCACAUCUUUCCCUGCAGGAAGCAGGGCUGUCACUCCUGUUGCAGGCAGGCUCCUCUUCUGAAGUGGUGGAGAUGGCAGUGAACUCGACCUGCAGCUUCACCACGCUUUGCUGUGUAGCACUCUGGAGCUUCGGCAGGGCUUCAGGAGCUACUUAUGUCCCACCACCUAAUUCGACCGUGAAACCUGGCUUCCCUGUCCCCAUGAACACUGACAAUCCUGGUGUCCGCAAGGCAGCUCGCUUUGGAGUCUACAGAUACAACAACAGUUCCAAUGACCUCUUUCUGUUUAAGGAAUCACAAAUAAACAAAGCUAUGGUACAGAUCGUCAGAGGGCUGAAAUACAUGCUCUCUGUGGAGAUUGGACGCACCGUGUGUGAGAAGAGGGAGCACUCCAGCCUGGAUAACUGUCACUUCCAGAAGGAAAAAAAUCUGCAACAGAUGCUGAGAUGCUAUUUUGAGGUCUGGAUAACACCCUGGUUACAUACAGCAUAUGUUCCCGUUGCUCUCUGUCACUGACUCACCUUUUCCCACGAGAGCCUGACUUACAGGGGAUCUACCACCAUGAGUUUUGUUUUGCCUUGCCUGGUCUGUUGAGGCCAAAACUGAAGUGGGGAAGAGCUGUACAGAACUACCACAAAGCUUUUCUCUCAAAGCACGUGGUUCCUCCCUGAGAAAGAUGCUCAAAAGUGACAAAGACAAGACCUGCCCUAACUGAAUUCAUUGCUAUCCAGUUAUGUAUCUGUUUUUCCAAAACUAAACUGUAGAUGAGAA